AUGGCUGGAGGACGUCGAAUGAUUGUUGAACCAUGUGGAGGACAUAAUUGUAUUUCAAUAAUAAAUAAUACUUAUUUAGAAGACUAUAAUGAACCAACAAAAGAUUAUGAUUUAAAUAAAUGUGGUGUAAUUCAAAAUGAUCGUUCAUUAGGAAAAAGAGCAUUACAAUUAAAAAUAAGUACAGGUGUUAAAAAUACUCUACGUCCAGCUGAAUAUCCAUGGCUGGUUCGUAUAGAAAGUCGUUCGAGUAUUUAUUCACAUACAGUUACACUCUGUGGUGGUACACUUAUUCAUCCACAAUGGAUAAUAACUGCUGCUCAUUGUAUGUUUGAUAGUAAAAUAAAUCGUCUGUAUCCAGCUAAUGGUAUUAAUCUUUUUAUGGGACAUUAUGAUCGAUUAAGUUCAAGUCAAAAUGAAUAUAUACAACAACCAGCUUUAUAUUUAAUUCAUCCAAAAUUUCGUAUUAGUCGAAUAUCACCAGCACCUAUUCAUGAUCUAGCAUUAAUUAAAUUAGUUAGACCAGUACCAUUAUCAGGUUCAAUUAAUAUAGCUUGUUUACCAGAAUCUACAGAUAAAUUAAAUGAUGGUACAUUAGCAUUUACAGCUGGUUGGGGACAUUCAUCACCUGGUUCAACAGCUGUUAAUCUACCACGAAAAGCAAGAAUUCGAAUAUCACCACGUUCAUGUCGUAAUUUAAUGGUUGAUAAAAAAUUACAUAUAUGUGGAAGAAAUGAACGUGGAAAUAAUAUUUGUAGUGGAGAUUCAGGUACUGGUUUAAUGGUACAUGCUGGAAUUAAAUCCAAUAAUAAUCAAACCAAAUGGAAAUGGCAUCUGUUUGGUGUUGCAAGUUUUGGUCUUGACGAAUGUUCACAAAAUGUUAAUCAUGAUAAUGCAUUUGCAUCAGUUUCAGUCGAUAUUGAUUGGAUACAUAGCGUAAUGAAAAAAUAUUAA